GUUUCGGCAAAGCAUUUGGGUGUUGUCUGUUUUUGUGAUAUCGGCAACAUGCGGGCAAGAUCUCAACAACAAAACUUUUCCAGAAUAUUUUUUGUUUGGUACAGCAACGGCAUCCUAUCAGGUUGAAGGAGCGUGGAACGAGGAUGGCAAAGGAGAAAACAUUUGGGAUGUACUUACGCAUGAGGUUCCAUCACGAGUUGUCGGUAACGCUACCGGAGAUGUAGCUUGCGAUUCUUAUCACAAAUAUAAAGAGGAUGUAGCUUUAUUGAAGGAGUUGGGAGUUAAUCAUUAUCGUUUUUCCAUUUCAUGGUCCAGAGUGUUUCCUACAGGAUUUAAUAAUGAAGUAAAUGAAGCUGGUGUUAACUAUUACAAAAACCUGAUUAAAGAACUCAAAGAUAACGGCAUACUGCCCUUAGUCACCAUGUUCCAUUGGGAUACCCCACAAGCUUUAGAAAACAUAGGAGGCUGGACCAAUGAACUGAUCGUCGAUAGAUUUGUGGACUAUGCUCAAUUCCUGUUCGAAACUUUUGGCGAGGAUGUUCAGUUAUGGUUGACUUUUAACGAACCAAAACAAACCUGCCAAGGAGGAUACGGAAAUGGAAAUAUGGCACCAGCUAUUCUAUCGCCUGGUGUUGGAGAAUAUUUGUGUGCCCAUAACGUCAUUAGAGCUCAUGCCAAAGUAUGGCAUUUGUACGACCAACGCUACAGACACAUACAAAAUGGUCACGUCGGAAUAACUAUUGACAGUGGUUGGGCUGAACCAGACAGUGACAGUGAGGAAGAUAAAGAAGCCGCCGAAAGGAUGCUGCACUUUACAUAUGGAUGGUACGCCAACGCACUGGUCAACGGAGAUUACCCAGAAGUCAUGAAAACUGUGAUAGCUAAAAGAAGUGCCGCUCAAGGCUUCAAACAAUCUCGUUUACCAGAAUUUACUCAAGAACAAAUUGAUGACAUUCAAGGUGCUGUUGAUUUUCUUGGUGUGAAUUACUACACAGCAAAUAUGGCUAAAAAACAAGGAAACGUUCCUGUAGUUUCCGGCUGGCAAGAAGAUAUGGAAGUCGAUACCUACCAGAAAGAGGAAUGGCCCAAAUCGUCUUCUUCUUGGUUAAGGAUUGUACCAUGGGGUAUGAGGAAACUUCUAAACUGGUUGAAAAAAACGUAUGGGGAUAUACCACUAAUCAUUACUGAAAACGGUGUAUCAGAUGAUUGUUCUUCACUGGAUGACCAAAUCAGAAUUGAUUAUUACCAGCAACAUAUAAGUAACGUUAGAGAUGCCCUAGACGAUGGCGUUAAUGUUUUUGGAUACACAGCUUGGAGUUUGAUGGAUAACUUCGAAUGGAUGAGAGGAUAUUCUGAGUGCUUUGGACUCUACCAGGUAGACUUUUCAAAUGCAGAUCGACCAAGGACAGCAAAGAAGUCAGUAGAGUUAUUUAAGAAAAUUGCGACAACAAAGUGCGUUACCGACAGUUGUGAAGAUGCAUAA